UGAAUAUCAACAAUAUUUUGUAAACAAAUUAACUAAAUGAAUAAUAUUUUGAUAAAAUCCGAACGAUAAUUUAUUCGUCACGUGACCGCGCCCUCUUCAAUUUUCAACACAGACCAAGAACACGAUGGGAGAUUACGGAUACGGUGGUGGUAGCGGCGGAUAUGGCGGCGGACGUGGGGGCGGUGGUGGUUUCCGCGGUCGAGGAGGUGGUGGCGAUCGGGGAGGCCGAGGUCGCGGCGGUGGUAGAGGACGCGGACGAGGUGGUGGCUAUGGCGGUGGUGGUGGCAAUGAUGCAGACUACUACCAGAACCCUAAUGCUGAGAACUUCUGCAAGCUAUUCUUGGGAGGUCUUGCUCCUGAAACAACAGAAGAUUCAAUCAAGGAUCAUUUUGGCUCAUACGGGAACAUAGUUGAUUGUGUUGUUAUGAGGGACCCAGAAAAGAAGAGAUCCAGAGGAUUUGGAUUCGUCACAUUCGACCAGUCAUCAGCUGUAACUGAUGUCCAAGGCAACAGACCUCACAAAAUUGAUGGAAAAAAUGUCGAAACGAAAAGAGCUACUCCAAAAUCUCAACAGGCUGAAGGUCAGGAUGCCAAGGUUACCACAAAGAAACUGUUCGUUGGUGGUAUCAAGGAUGACAUGACCGAAGACGCUAUCAGGGAAGAAUUCUCAAAGUUCGGAAACGUGACUAGCAUCAAAAUUAUUCAGGGAAAAGGCUUUGGCUUUAUUGAAUUUGAUGACAAUGAUGCAGUGGAUUGGUGCAAUUUGAUUGGCAAGUUCAAUAUCUGUGACAAGUGGGUAAAUGCCAAGAAAGCCCAGGAAAAGAACAAGCAGGAUCAGAGAGGUGGUGGCUAUGGACAGCAAGGUGGCUAUGGGAGCCAAGGAGGUUAUGGCGGUGGUAGCUAUGGAGGAGGUGGUGGAUAUGGAGACAGCUAUAGCAGUGGUGGUUAUGGUGGUGAUAGUUAUGGAAGUGGUGGAUUUGGCCAGGAUUAUGGGAACAGCUAUGGGGGUGGCGCAAUGAAAUCAUCCAGCUAUGGUCAGACGCGGCAGCAGCCGUACAGUGGAGGUGAGUCUACCACUGGUGGCUACGGUAGCCAGAGCUACGGAGGUGGUGGCGGCGGUGGUUAUGGAUCUGGUGGUGGUGGUGGUGGAAGCUACGGAUCUGGUGGUGGUGGUGGCUACGACAGCAGCUAUUCCAGCGGCGGCUACGGAGGUGGUGCCGGUGGUGGUGGUGGUGGCUACAGCGGAGGUGGUGGUGGUGGUGGUUAUGGACGCAGAUAGACUGGAUCUGUUUGCCAGAACGUCGCUAGUUCCCCGUCUAUAGGCUGAAUCAAAAUCAAGAAGCAUCAGGGAUUAAAUAAUCCAAGAAAUAAGCAGACUACAAUAUAAAGCUGACCUUAAGUUUAAGUGCUCAUUAAAUGAGGCUUAUUAAGGGGCUGAGCUAUGACCAUCACACCAUGCCGACCUUAAGAAACUAAGGAAUACCCAGUUUACACGCCCAGGAAGUAUCGAAAUAGUGACUAAUUAUGCUUCUGUAAGGUGCAGCUAUAUUGUACCCAUUUAAAUGAACUCACUUAUUAGUGUGAUGAAAAUGUGAAAAAAAAUCCAUGGUUCAGCUAUAAACUGGGAACGGAAAUAAGUUUUGUAUGAUAGGAUAGUGUUCAUUCUCAUCGUGAUCAUGGUCAUGCAUAUUUCUCCAUGUAAAACUUUUCAACUUGAUCAUCGUCGUAACUUGGAAGAUUUCGCUAUUGUUUUUAUUUUUCAUCAGUGGUCCUUUUGUUGUACAUUUUGAAAAUAAACAAAAUAAAUGUC